AACAUCACUUUGCCGCGCAGUUCCGGAUUGCAAAUACAAGCGGUCGACGUUCCCUUUGGAUCCUGAUUCUGGACAUGCCCUUGGUUGUAGACGUGCACAUUACCUGUUUGUGGAAAUGUCUGGGAACAGGGGGAGAUAGGUAAGUUGCCAGUAACUUCAUUCGCGGUUGCAGAUUAACGAACCAAGGAUACACUGUUGGCCUUAAGGAUUAUAAAUUUAUAACUAGAGAGGAGUCCUCGCCCUGUUGCAUUGUGGCAAUUCUAUUCGUUUGAUGGAAAUCUCUCCAGUGUAUAUGUUAAAUGAUAGAACCUUGUUACGCCAUCUCUUUUUAACCUUGCCCUUCCAAAAACCAAUUUUUUUUUCUUUGAAUAGUGAGUACUAGGAUCUCAAUAUACUGGAUUCAAUUUUGAAUCUUGUUUGCUUGUGUUUUGUGUUGUAUAACUUGUCCAAAUUUGCAGAGAGAACGCCGCCAAAGGGAAUGUGAAGAACUGCAAGUCAAGAGUUCUCUAGGAACUGCAAAAUAAUUUUUGCACUGGGUAAAUAAAUGCUUCCCCAGCUUUUUUUGUAAAAAAAAGCAUGCUUUUCGCAUUCCUGUGUUUCUCCAUACUCAUGCUAUGAUGCUGUCUGGUAAAGUAACUAGACCAUGACAUAUAGAUGUACCUUUUUUUUUUAAAAAGCACUCAUUUAUCUUACACACCAUUUAGUCUUGCAGAACUGGGAGAUUCCACUAAUUUGGUAUAAACUUUAGAUCCAUUUUGAGCAGUCUAAUGAGUGGCGCCCCCGCUUUCAACUGACAUUGCAUAUUAUUUUGAUUUGUGCAGGUAUGUGAUUACAGUUUAUCAUUCCUCAUUUUUCUGGACAGUGACAAAAUAUAAAUCCAUUGAUUUAUUGAGAAAAAAUGGUUUUUUUCUCAAUGGAUUUGACGUUAGGUUCUUUGCUGUUGGUAAAUAUGUGAUUUAUGGUUGUUUUGUCGGUCUUUGUAUAGGAGGACACAUUUAUAUUUAGUCACUGCAGCUAGGUAAACCAUUCGAUUCAUACUCUCAAGUGACACGUUUAGUAACCUUUAUGCCUGUGUUUAUGCAUCAUUUUGGUGAGACAGGUAGGAUAUCCAGAAUCUUGGAGAAGUACCAGAUCAACUCUGGGAAGAUGCUAUGGGAUGAGAAUCACAAGAGCCUUAGUGCGGAGAUUGAUCAAAUUAAGAAAGAGAACGAUAACAUGCACAUCGAGUUCAGGCACUUGAAAGGCAAAGAUCUAAACUCGCUGCAACCAAAAGAGUUGAUCAUGAUUGAGGAGGCACUUGAUGGAGCACUGGGACAGUCUCAUGAAAAAUGGUAAAAUGUUGGAAGAUGAGAACAAGUUGCUUGCUUUUAAUCUGACUGAUGCAGGUAGCUUUGGACUUUGGAGAGGAAAGUGUCAUUUCUGAUGCUUUCGCCUUUGAUCAA